CCUUGUCGCGCAAGAAACGGCGCGGAAUUCAUGGGGAAUCAAGCAGGGUCGCCGCGCAAGAAGAAGGGUGAAAAAGGAGGGAUUCUAGUGCCUGGAGGGAGCGGCGAUGCAUGCCCAUCCAAGCUCGUGUCGGGCAUGUUCGACUUGCGUCUGAUCGGCCACCACGGCUUACCAAGUCAACCGAGUCGAAUUUGCUACGUGCCAAUGUUGGGCCUUCUCGUAGUCGCGACGGGGUACCAACAAUUGAAAGUGUACGGACACGACGGCCUGGAAAUAUACGUUCCAUGUCGCGAAGACCAAGGGCGUAGCACAGGAGUCUCGUCGUUCAGCGCCGGUGCAACCGCGACGUUUCUCGACUACACCAGCAGUGGCAAGGUCGUGCUCGUCAUGUCCGACAGCGCCGUCCAAGUCAUCGACCUCGCGCUGCUGCAGCAAUGCAAGGAUGUCGUGGUUGCAGCGCUACCAUCGAGCUGGACGACAAGUCGCAUCACAGCAGUGGAAACCAUUCGCCACCACAAAGACACACCAUUUUUCUACCUUGCGCUGGACGACGGAUCCGUCCAGGUCGUGCACGAAACCACCUGCCAUUUCGCGUCCUACGCCAUCUACCCGGGGGAUGUCGGCGUCGCCGGUUCCAAGGACCAAGCGGACGCUAUCUUUGUCAGCGCCAUGGCGUGCAGUCCCACCGAUCCGAACCAAUUGCUGUUGGCAUAUGAAGCUUCCGAUGUCGUGUAUGUGUGGGACGUUGCCAAGCAGCGCGUGCUGUUGAAAACACAGUCGAGUUUGAAUCCGAGUCCCGUGCGAAGUUUGGCAUGGCAUGCUAGUGGAAAGCGCUUUGCCGCGAUCUUUGCGUCCGGGGCGAUCGGUGUGUCUCGCUCGGACAAGCAACAGCAAGCUGUGUACACGGUCGACACAUUCCUUCCACCUGGGCAUGCCUCCGCGGCCUCUAGUCGCGUCGCGCAGUCUCUUUCCAACGCGAGUGUUGUGCACCAGCGCAUUUUCUGGCUCACGACCCACGCGGCGUCGCCAGGCGCGUUGAUCGUGUCGUCCUGGAACAGUCUCACGAUCUCGUAUCCAGCACGGGAUGCGCAAAAAGGCCCAAAGGAGGCGCUGUCGGAGCUCUCGACCCCAUCGAAGCAUGGCUCGUUUCCGUGGCAAACGACGGUGCUCCCCACGCAAAACAACUCGUCCGCCAUGGACUUUGCGAUCGCGUCGGCCGUCGUUCCAGCCGCGUCGUCGAGCGCGCCGUUCACGGCGAUUGUGCUGGCGGGCAACCCCCUCGACGGUGUCAAGCCGUCCUUGGCCAUGCACAUGCUCCCGUGUUUGUUGGCCCAGCCCCACACGCCGAAAGAAGAAUGGAUCUGGAUACCGUCGCCGCCAGUGUCGUCCCCGAUCUCGCCGACCUCCCAUCACCUUCAAAGUUGCGACGUUCUCGCCAUGCACGUGCUGGACCUGCGCACGGCGGACAACGGGGCAUUCCGCGACGAUCUGUUUUCGUCGCAACCGAUCCUGCACGAUGACGAGCAAGCGAGUAGUUCGUCUGAAGAAGGACGCGCGGGCAUUCCCGUCGCCACUUGGACAAAACCGUUGACGGGCGGCGCCACGACCAUCGAGUACCCAUCGCUGCCUCGACUGCUCUUGUCGUCGAGCACGGACGUCGAUGACGACAGCGCGACAGACAGCAUCAAAGAACGCCACACAAAACGAGCGUGCUGGAUCGUGACGGCGCAUGCCGACAGCCGUGUGAAAAUUUGGGAAUCGCUGCCGCCGGCCCAUGGCGCCAGUCGCGGCCAGCUCAACCUGCUCCACGUGCUGCAUGUAAAGUCUGUGCUGCAGGACUCGAUUUCGCAAGUGUCGUUUUCACCGACGAGUCGGCUCUUGGUGGUCGGGACAUUGACCGGCAACGUUGCGUUCUUCACGUACACGAGUGGCGCGGGCUUUACCUUUGUCUUUUCGCUGCAUGUGCAUUCCAGCGCGAUCGAGCGCAUCGCCAUGACUCGUACGUGCAUGGAUGUCGCGCUCAGCGAUGCUUGCGGCGUUGUCUCGAUCGUCCACGUCGCGUCGCAGACGUACAAGUUGGUCAUUUUCGACCUGGCGCUCGACGACGAGUCGAAUCCUGGGUCGGUGGAUUCGCUCUUGCUCCAUGGAUCGUCGCUCUUUGUCGGGCGCGGCAAUGGCCGCGUCCAAGUGUACGACGUACCGACCGCGGCGCUGCUGCUCACGUGCAGGACGGACGAAUCGGCCAACGGCUCCGGGGGAGUGUCGUCGAUGCUCUUGAUGGACGAAACCGGGCGCGGAGACGUGUCUGUGGAAGCGCUGACCGAGUCCAGUCUGCAUGCGGGUGGAGGCGAUUCGAGCGCCGCGCCGUCGUUGUCUGUAGACGCUGCGACCCAGGCGCUUGUCGACAACCUCGUCGGUGCAUUUCCGUCGCCGUCCAUCCCGUACGACGAGUCUAGGUGCAUCACGGUGUGCGUCGACGCCGGCCCGUUGGGCAUCUUCCUCGUCGACGAUGUCGCCGACCGCGCUGUGUUGAAGGAGUUUGUCGAGGACAACGCGAAUGCCCAGCUGCAGCAAGGGAUGGGCAUCGUGCCGGGAAGCACCCUCGUCCGAAUCAACGGCGUCGAUGUCGGUCGGCUGAAAAAAGCGGACGUUGUGGCUGUCGUCGGGUCGUUGGCCAGCGUGGCGAAGCAGCUCACGUACCACCUGCCCGUCGACCCGGCGGAAACGCGGUCGCCGUACCUUGUCUGUGCGCGGGGCCGGUCGAUCCAGGUGUAUCACGCUCCAGUGCCGCCGGCAUGCAUGCCGACCGACCCAGACGAUGCAGCCAAGAACGAAGUGGUGGUUCGCGUUGAUGCUGCCGUCGAGUUGCGGGCCGCCGUCGCGACCAUGGCAAUCACUGCGAUCCCUGUCGAAGGACGGAUGGAGCACGCGCUCGUGGCGCUCGACCAAACCGGGUGCGUGUACGUGCUGGCGCUGCCAAGUUUGGUCUGGAUUUGGAGCGCUUCGUGUCCAUCCGAUGUACUGGCGGGGUAUGCUUUUGACCACACGCAUGUCCACAUCAAUGCGUCCGGGACAAUCGUUCUCGGCACGGACUUUGGCGACGUUGCCGAGUACUCGAUCUUCCACCCAGACAUGCUAGCCGACGUCACGAUGCUGCAGUGGGCCUCGACCAACACGCAGGUUGUGGCGCCGCAGAUCCCGCUCCAAGGGAACGAACGAAACGAACGUGUGGUGGAGAAGAAAGGGUCUGGCUUCUUGAAGCUGUUUGCUGCGAAGGAGGUCGACCUGAACACGGUGUUUGUCGUGCCAUCCUUCUACCAAGACCAGCGCAAGCAACUCGUCGGCGACCGCCACCAACUACCACCGGCCGCGACGACGCAAUCCAACCUCCGCGGCACCAUGGAUGCCCUCCAACAAGCGUCGCAGAACUUGCAACUGCGAGGGGAAAAGCUCUCGGGCCUCGAAGAAAAGACGGAGCGGUUGAAAACCCGCGCCGACGAAUUCUACAACACGAUGAAAGCGUUCAACGAAAAGGAAGCCAAGAAGAAGUGGUAUCAGCUCUAGUCGUGGCAGGUAUUCAUGCGAGCUGUGACUGGUGGGGACGCAUUGGAUGGAGGCUGUGUUGUGCCACAACGUUGAUGACGGUCCUGCACACACGUUGUCAAUGCCACCACGUGUGACGAAGGAAUCGAUCCCUAAGCGCUUUGACGCAAAUGCCACGGGAGUAAUUGUGCAUUUACGUCCAUUCGCG